AUGCCCAAAUACACCACCACACCCUGGCGUUCCCACUCCGACCUCCUCUCCGUCCGCUCAGACCUCUACUCCUCCUCCUCCUCCCAAGAUGAUGCCAACAACAAUCAUCGCCAACGCGCCGCCGUCUCUCGCAUCAUGGCCUGGAAAACGCGAGGCGGAAAUCUCCCCCACGCAAUCGAAAGCACCGCACUCCUCGUCGACGCCAUUCUCCACCACCACUCCUCAUCUUCAAACUCUUCAAACUCCACCUCCACCUCCCUCUUCAGCAUCCGCGCCGUCUAUUCCGCGGCCUUCACACGCUUCGUAACCGGAUUCUGCGACAUUGGAAGACAAAAAGAACGAUCAUUGGAACCGAGUUCGAUGUUGGAGAUGGCGAAGCAAAUGGGAAUGAAAGCGGAAUUUGUCGCGUUGAGACAUGAGGCGACGCAUGAGGAAUUGCCGAGUUUGCGGAGAUUGGUCAAGGCGACGGGGGAGGCGUUGGAGUGGUUGUGGAGGGUUUAUUGGAGUCGGUUGGAUGAGGGGGAGGGAGAGUUGCAGCAGGCGGGGAUGGGGAGUGUUAUUUUUACUUCUACUACUAAUGUUGCUGAGAAAGAAGGACGAGGAGGAGGAGGAGGAGAAAUUUCAAUGGCAGAACAUCUACGAGAUGAUGUCAAAGGGCAGGCGAGAGAGAUUUUCAAAGCGUAUCGCGCCGCGAGAAGGGAGGCGUUGAAGAUGAAGAAGAAGAAGGCGACGAGAGAUCAGAAAGAAGAAAUGAGAGCGACGAGUAAAGCUUUGAGAAGUCUGAUGGGCACGAGUAAAUUGCGAAUACGAGCUGUGGCAGAUGUGCUUGUAGAAGAUCGAUUUCUGAUUCCUUCGAAACGAGAACUCGGCGCCCCCUUAAACGGCGCAUAUCUCCUCUGGGACAGCUUAUUGCGCGACCUAGCAACGCACAGUCCCAACCACUUCCUCCUUACCAUAUGCACUCGCCUCGUGGAAGGAGUAAUAGUAGUAGCAGCUCCUCAGAAUAAUCAAGGAGGAAGAAAAGAACAAGAAGAAGAUGACGAUGACGCGAAAGAACAAAAAGCGAACAACGAGGCAUCGUGCCAAUGGUGCAUACACAUGCUCGACUACGCCGUAUCUCCUCAGCAGCGGAAUGCGUGCAUGGGGGAGAUGAUGGCUGCGUGUUGUAUGGCUACGGGGUAUUGGCCGAGGUGGCUUUCAAGGCGUUUACUCGAUUUGGGUAGUGUGCAGUUUAGAGGGAAUUGGCGGCAUCUUGUGGAGGAGGAGGAAGGUGUCGCUGAGUCUCGGACGGAGGAGGAUGAUGAUGAUGAUGAUGAUGAUGAUGAUGAUGAUGAUGAUGAGAGAACAGAAGACGUGGUCAUGCAGGAGGAUGGCAUUUUUGCUGCAGCAGCAGCAGCAGAGGAUGCGAGCAACGCAAUUGCAAGCACUUCCCGCAACUAUGUCGAGCUGGGAGGCUGGAUGCGAGCUGCGACGCCUGUAGGACUACCGAUUGGGAUGAUUCGAUAAAAUCCGUACCUGAUAGGGCAGAUUUCUUUUUGGAGCAUUGUCAUAUGCUUGCCAACACACUCCUUCGCAUGUAAAGGUGGGUCCCACCCCCUUGACGUGGAGAGACGAGAAUAAUGGGCUCUGCGGCUCGUUUUCGUGGUCCUGAUUCCCACGCCUCCCAAUAAUACCUUAAUCUUCUCCUUCUCGUUCGAAUAGAAGGAGACGCCAUGUCUUCUCCGUCCUUGGCAUCACAUGCGAAACGAUAUUCUCCCGCCAGCCCAGUGCUCUCCUGCCCGGCUCAUCUGCACAGGCCAAUCGUAUGUCUGCGUUCUUGCCUGCUCUCAUGUCUGCCACGGGAAAUGCAAAGUCCCCUUAUUAUCCCAGUAUUUCCCCCCUUUGAUGCAGUCCAAGGCUUCUCAACCGCCUCCCGCCUUAAUCGCAUCCUCGCGCUCCAAAACACUCUCCUUGAACCUCAACAAAAAAAUCGUCUUACCAGGCCACAUCUCAUCCCCUUCUCCCGCCCAAUGCGCAGUAACCCCUUCCGUACGAAAUCCCGCAGCAUCACACACACCUUCAAUAAUCCCCGCCACAAACGCUGCACAAUUCAACUGACUCAUUUCUUUGGGAAUGCUAAUAAAAGUAUUCACCAAAGGCUCAUUAUCCACAAUCAUAUACUCAUUUUUCUUCGUAUUACUCUGCUCCAACGCGUCCGCACUCCGAUUGAACAGCGCUCUCCACAGCGCUCCAUGGAUAAAUUGCAGCAAAUCCAACAUCCGAGUGGGACGUGACGCCGUGCGUGGUGGAAGUCUGUAGAGUACCAAGUCGAGCAUUUUGAUGCCAAUAGGGUAUCCUGCGCGGUUGAGACGGGUUUCGAUUUCGCUGACGGAGCCUGAUUUGGCGUGGUGGUAGGUGAUGAGGGUGUUGAAGAGGUAGGCGAAGGAGGCGAGAGAGGCUUCGCUGGUUUUGGCGCGGUUGAGGUUGCGGUCGUAGAUGGUUUUUCUGUUGGAGGGAUAUCGUAGUGUGGAUACGAAGGGCUUCGCCUGCGUGAUGGGGACGUAGUUGUCCUUUUGGGGCACUGGCGGUGGUCCACUCAUGCCCGGCAUGUUUCGCUCUCUGUCUCUCUAUUCCUGCUGCCUCUUUCUUCCGUCUUUUGCCUUUCCGUCGUGCGUGGGCGUGUGCGUGGGCGUGGGCGCGUGCGCGUGUAUGGCGGCGGUCGCAGAGGCGUUUCCCCGAGACCAGAAUAGCCGAUGUGAACGGCAGGGUGAGGGUGACGGCAAGGAGUGGAUUUUCACAUGCUAACGGUGUUGCGGUGUUGUGCCUUUCACAAGCUUGCGAUUCAUGGUGACGAGGUGAUCACAGCCACGGUAGGAGGUAGCACAAGACGGACGGGCAACACGGGUCACCACCGGGCGCGGAGAAUGUUGACGUGGACCGCGGAC